UUUCCUCGCACAAAGAAGUCUCCGAUUCUCGGAACAAAAAAUCAAAUAAAAUAUUUAUAAAAUUAAAAAAAAGGAGAAAAACGACAUCAAUCAAUCACUCAACCAAUCAACGAAACAAACGAUGACUCGUGAUCCUCACGACCUCCAUCAUCGUCGUCCUCCUCAUUAACCCAAAAGCCCCUCCUUCCCUCCCUCCUCCCUCCCUCCCUCCAAAAGAAAUCGCGAUUUCGACUCGGAGCUCGGAAACUGCGUCGUUUCAAACAAGUAGUACAGUCGUUGCUGUCGUCAUCCGAUCAUGAGGCCGAUUCAGCCGCCGUCCGGAACGAACCCAGCAGUGGUGGCCCCACCACCGAGGCGGGACAACCAGAGACGACGCCGUCACGACCUAACUCUACCGCUACCUCAGCGGGAUACCUCGCUUGCAGUACCGCUCCCUCUCCCUCCGCCCGGUCCGAGCUCGGCCCAGUCGUACUCGGCCCACAGCGCGGCCCAGCAGCUCAUCAACUUCUCCGAGCUCGAGCGCUCUAACCGCAUCGGGAGCGGAACCGGAGGCACCGUCUACAAGGCCAUACACCGCCCGACGGGCCGGGUCUACGCGCUUAAGGUGAUUUACGGCAACCACGAUGACGCCGUGCGCCGCCAGAUCUGCCGCGAGAUCGAAAUACUCCGCGACGUCGAUAACCCCAACGUCGUCAAGUGCCACGACAUGUUCGACCACAACGGCGAGAUCCAGGUCCUGCUCGAGUACAUGGACGGCGGCUCGCUGGAGGGCCAGCACAUCAGGAACGAGAAGGCCCUCUCGGAUUUGGCCAGGCAAAUCCUCAGCGGCCUCGCCUAUCUCCACCGGCGGAAGAUCGUCCACCGCGAUAUCAAACCCUCGAAUCUUUUGAUCAACGCGAGGAACCAAGUCAAGAUCGCCGAUUUCGGAGUGAGUCGGAUUCUGGCUCAGACCAUGGACCCCUGCAAUUCUUCCGUCGGGACCAUCGCAUACAUGAGUCCGGAGAGGAUCAACACCGAUCUCAAUCACGGCCAGUACGACGGCUACGCCGGCGAUAUAUGGAGCCUUGGGGUCAGCAUAUUGGAAUUUUACAUGGGUCGGUUUCCGUUCUCGGUGGCGCGAGGAGGCGAUUGGGCUAGCUUAAUGUGGGCUAUUUGUAUGUCUCAUCCGCCUGAAGCUCCGCACAGUGCUUCUAGAGAGUUCAGGCAUUUCAUUGCUUGUUGCUUGCAGAGAGAGCCGUCCAAGAGAUUGUCGGCGGCGCAGUUGUUGCAGCACCCUUUUAUCUCCGGCAAUGGCGGUGGCCAGCCCCAGCAACCCCAUCAGAAUCUUCACCAUCUGCUGCCUCCACCGAGGCCUCUUUCUUCUUAGCUCAAAUAGUGUACUUUCUUCUACCUUUGGUUUCGCUGCCCAAUUACUGUCGGCCGUUGGUUUCUUUCUUUCUUUCCUUUUUUAUGAUAAUCAUAAUGAUCAUAUGAUGAUUUUGUGUUUUUGCUGUUCGAUUUGGAGAAAUUGGGGAAAUGGGUUGCCUUUGUUUUCUA